GGCUGGCGUGAUCGCCACGUGACUAACGGUCGCGGGAAAGCCGCGGAGUCUGAACGGGCUACUGUGCUGUGUUGUUGGGGUUCUGCGGACGGCUAAGAAUAGGAGAACGGAACCGUGUCAGCUCAGCCGUGUGAACGUGGUUGCGAGUGUUUCGCCGUUAAAGUCAGUAGCCGGUCUGUAGAAGGAACACAGAGGUGGUGCAGUUCAGUCUCAACCGGGGUCCGUCAUGAGUUCCUUGAGCCGGCAGCAGCAACCGGCCGCAGGGGCGCGGCGACUUUCAGCCCGGCGGGCAAUAGCCCCCAUCCGACAGAAACUGCUCUUCUCGGGCGGCGGGAGCGACUGCGAGGAAGACGAGGAGGAGGAAGACGAAGAGGGGGAGGAGGAAGGCGGCGGUGGCGGCAACAGCACCGGGGAGGACUCGGCCUUCCAGGAGGCUGACUCGCCCCUCUCGGUUAGCCGCACUCCGGCUCGAGGGGAGCCUCCUCUGCCGCGGACACCGGAGGAGGUGGCAGCGGCGAUGGAGCUAGCGCCGCCCGCGAUGCCAGGCGACGAGGGCGACUCGUGGGAGGAGGAAGGCUUCGGAUCUUCGUCUCCGGUGAAAUCUCCAGGCGCCUACUUCAUGGCCGGCUCGCCGCCGCUGCAGGCCCCCCGCCGGUACUGUCUUCAGCCGGCGGCGUCGCCUCCACGACCCGAUCCCGGCUCUCCUCUGCCCGAAUAUCCUGGCACUCCGCCGCACAAGACAUUCCGCAAACUGCGCCUCUUUGACACUCCGCACACGCCGAAGAGUCUACUUUGUAGAGCUCAAGGAAUGGGCUCAAGUUCAACCAAACUUCGUGGUGGCUCUCUCUUUAUGAAUGUUGGAAAACUAGAGAAACAGGAGGUGGACAUGCGACAGGCACCUCAUGUGAAUAUUAAUCCCUUCACUCCAGACUCCCUUUUCCUUCAGUCUUCAGUUGGACAGUGUCGCAGGAGAAAAAGAACACAUUGGAAUGACUCCUGUGGUGAGGACAUGGAAGCAAGUGAUGUUGAGCUUGAGGAUGAAACUGUCAGACCCGCCAAACGAAUCAGCAUAACAGAAAGUAAUAUGAAAUCACGAUAUGCAACAGAAUUUCAUGAAUUGGAGAAGAUUGGGUCUGGAGAAUUUGGUUCAGUAUUCAAAUGUGUGAAAAGGCUUGAUGGUUGCAUUUAUGCCAUAAAACGAUCUAAGAAGCCCUUAGCUGGCUCGAUUGAUGAGCAAAAUGCUCUCAGAGAGGUCUAUGCCCAUGCAGUUUUGGGACAGCAUUCACAUGUAGUCAGAUACUUCUCAGCUUGGGCAGAAGAUGACCAUAUGCUGAUACAGAAUGAGUAUUGUAAUGGUGGCAGUUUAGCAGAUGCCAUAAGUGAAAACUAUAGGAAUAUGCGCUACUUCAGUGAAUCAGAGCUGAAAGAUCUGCUAUUACAAGUUGCUCGUGGUUUGAAGUAUAUUCAUUCAAUGUCACUAGUACACAUGGAUAUAAAGCCCAGUAAUAUUUUCAUAUCUAGGACAUCAAUUCCAGCUACUAUACCAGAAGAAGGUGAUGAUGAUGAAUGGUCAUCUAGCAAAGUUGUAUUUAAAAUAGGCGAUCUUGGUCAUGUGACUAGAAUAUCCAGUCCACAAGUGGAAGAAGGAGAUAGUCGUUUCCUUGCUAAUGAAGUUUUACAAGAGAAUUACAAUCACUUGCCAAAAGCGGAUAUAUUUGCUCUUGCACUAACAGUAGUGUGUGCUGCUGGUGCUGAACCAUUACCAGCCAAUGGGGAUCAGUGGCAUGAAAUUCGACAAGGAAAACUGCCUAGAGUUCCACAAGUUCUUUCUCAAGAGUUUUUAGAGUUAUUAAAAGCUAUGAUAAACCCUGACCCAGAGAAAAGACCCUCAGCAGUUGCCCUGGUCAAGCAUUCUGCACUGUUAUCUACUGCCAGAAAGAGUGCUGAGCAGCUACGAAUAGAACUGAAUGCUGAAAAGUUCAAAAACUCAUUGUUGCAGAAAGAGCUGAAGAAAGCACAAAUGGCAAAGGCAGCAGCUGAAGAGCGAGCACAGUUUACAGAUCGAAUGACAACUAGAUCUACAACACAGAACAGAACAAGUCGUCUUACUGGAAAGAAAAUGAACCGUUCAGUUAGCCUGACCAUCUACUAAUUUGACACUUCAUAAAACUAUUAGAGGAGGACUACAGAAUAUUUUUCAGCUAAAUUAGGAGCAAAAGAGGAUUCUGUUUCUAGUUUUCAAUCACUGUCAGUUUUUAUUAAGAAGCCCAUAUUUUAAUUUUGCCAUAUACAGUUAAAUAUGUGUUUUUUCCUAAUUCCCAAAGAAGCUGGAGGUUAACUUGUAAGCCUUUCAGCAACACUGUAUAUUACAUCAUUCAAAGUUAACCACUAUAGUGGUGUGCUGCUUUUUAGUUUUAAUAGGAUGAAAGGUAUUUUUCUAGUUGUCUAAAAGGACCUUGUUUGUAAACUGUUGAAUUAGACUGGAGGGAAUAAAUGUAGGAAGAUCCUAAUGGUCAGCAGGCCAAAUAUACCUGGUAUCAGGUAAACUUUUUUUUAUUGUGAAUUUUACUCAUGUAUUCAACUGGGAGCACUUUGUUAGGCAUUGCUUAGACCACAGGAAAUAAGCCUGUGGCAGCAUGCCAUGUGAAACUGCUGCUAUUUUAGUUCUUGCUGUAAAACUGUAGCAUUAAAACAAUCAUUGUUAGUAGACUUGUUUUGUUUUAAAAAAACAAUUAUGUGAACAAUAUUAUAGCUGCAUUGGCAAAAGCAGCAUCCUUCUCUGAAGCUAGUGCAUUGUAUACAGUCAAUGCACCAUUCUGUAUUUGAAUUACAUUUGUGUAAAUGUCUUUUAUAAAUCUUUCUAAUAACAUUCUCAGAGUUGUCUUUCCCCCCUGUUAAUAUUUUACUGUCUGUUUGAAUAUUUUUGAGUACUUGUACAUAAAUGUCCCUGUACUAUUUGUGUUUUGAUGUUUUUCAGAAUGAAUGUAUAUAGCUGUUCUUAGUGUGUACUGUAUUGAACGCUACAGUUUAAGGUGCGAGAAAAUCCAGCUUGAAUUUAUAUUCCAAUUUUAGUUGUGGAAGUAAUAUAAUUGGCAAAAUUUUGUUGUGAUAUUGCUGACAUAAGUGCUAUCUAUUACUCGCUUUUUGGCUUAAACUGUUUCCUCUUUAAGUGUUCAACUUUGUUUUUAAUUAGUACUGAAUCAGAAUAUUAAAGGGAUAUUUGACAUU